AUGACUAAUGCUGGUAGAAUAAAAAAUGACGAUUUAAAAAGUUCUCCAUAUGAUAAUAUAAAAAAUGUAUUACUAAAAUAUGUUUUAUCUUGUACAGCAGCAACUGCAGCAGAAACAGUAACAUAUCCAUUAGAUGUUACAAAAACAAGAUUACAAAUAUCUCGAGAUGUUAAACCAGCAAUACAAAAACCAAAAGGUAUGAUUAAGAUGUCAAUGUACAUUGUUAAGACUGAAGGAAUGAUAUCAUUAUGGAGAGGAGUUACUCCAGCAAUUUAUAGACAUUAUAUAUAUACGGGAAUUAGAAUGGGAACAUAUGAGAAUAUAAGAAAUAUAUGGAAUGAUAAAUAUGGUGAUAUUAGACCAUUUGGAACAAUACAAGCUAUGUUUUGUGGUUUAGUAUCAGGAGCUGUCGCACAAUUUGCUGCCAGUCCAAUGGAUUUAGUUAAAGUGCAAAUUAGUACAUUACAAGCAUCAAAAUCAUUAUAUAAAAGUCAAGGAUUUUUUGGUUUAUGGAUUGGAUGGAUACCUAACUGCCAAAGAGCUGCCUUAUUAAAUAUGGCUGAUUUAGCAACAUAUGAUACUGUCAAACAUUGGAUUUUAAGGAAUACUAAUUUAACUGAUAAUUGGUUUACACAUGGUAUAGCAAGUGCUUGUUCUGGUUUAGCUGCUGCAAUUAUUUCUUUACCAAGUGAUGUUGUUAAAACUCGUAUAAUGGAUCAAAUUCGCCAUGUUCUUGAUGGUAAAAAAGAUAUACCUACUUAUAAAGGAUCAAUAGACUGCCUUAUGACAAUUGUUAGAACAGAAGGUUUUUGGGCAUUAUAUAGAGGAUUUAUUCCUACUUAUAUACGAAUGGCACCAUGGUCAUUGACAUUUUGGAUAUGCUAUGAAGAGAUUCGCAAGUUAACAGGAGCACCAAGUUUUUAA